CCCGCUCCACAGGCCUCCAGCACCCCCAGGAUGAGCGCGGAGGGCGGGAGCAGGCCCCUCAAGGUGGGCUCCCGCGUGGAGGUCAUCGGGAAGGGGCACCGCGGCACCGUGGCCUACGUGGGGGCCACCCUGUUCGCCACCGGCAAGUGGGUCGGGGUCAUCCUGGACGAGCCCCGGGGCAAGAACGACGGCACCGUGCAGGGCAGGAAGUACUUCACCUGCGAGGAGAACCACGGCAUCUUCGUGCGCCAGUCACAGAUCCAGGUGUUUGAGGAUGGAGCCGACACAACGUCCCCAGAAACCCCAGAAUCUGCUGCCAUGAAGGUCCCCAAGAGAG